UCUUCAUAGAACCUAAUAAGUGAUCAACUCCGGGACUGAAAAUGGCGACGGCGGGGAGCCGGACCUCGUCGUCGGGAAUAUAUGAGUCGAAUAACAGCACAAACGUUGAAAGCGGUCUUCAAGGAAAUACAAGCACCCCUAGUCUUCCAAGCAGUCACGGAAAGACGAAGAGCAGUACCGGGGAAAACUCACAAUGGAGACGUAAAGAUCUACGCAAAGUCCGAAGUGUGGAUCUGGAUAAACCUGAGUCGCUGCUCCUAUCUCCUGAGACUGGGACGGCUCCGAUAUCUGCGCAGCUUCACUUCUUGUCCAUUUCCUCGCCUGGUGCGGUCCAGGCUACUUUAUUACAGAAAACUCCCCACAUUCAGCAGAGCAACUCACUAACUGAUCACCCUCUCUCGGAUAAAACGACUAAUAGUUUGUCUACAGCCGCUCAGGAAUUGUUGAAAAGUUCUUUGAAAAACAGCAGCGACCAUCUCAGUCCGGAUAAUGGUGCAACCGUAACUUCAGAAGUUAAUACUACACAACAUAGUCGCGACAUGGAGAGUAAGGAUACCCUGCGGGGUCUGCAGAAGAUGGAGGACCGGCCCGAGGAGCGGAUGAUCCGGGAGAAGCUCAAGGCCACCUGCAUGCCCACCUGGAAGCACGAGUGGCUGGAGAGACGUAGCAGGAGGGGCCCGGUGGUGGUGAAGCCUGUCCCCCUGCGACCGGACGGGAGCGAGGCGGGCUGCAAAGGGGCAGAGGCAGGCGCCGACGCCCCCGCCAGCUCCUCCCCCCAGCAGAGCAGAGGCCGCCGCAGCCCCUCCCCUGGAACCCCCUCUUCCUCCUCCUCUUCCUCUGGCAGGGCCGGUGGGAAGCCUGAGUCCCCCGGGGUGCGCAGGAAGAGGGCCUCACCCGUGCCGUUUCAGAGUGGCAGGGUGACGCCCCCUCGCCGGGCGCCCUCCCCAGACGGCUUCUCCCCCUACAGUCCUGAGGAGACCAGUCGCCGUGUCAACAAGGUCAUGAGGGCUCGCCUCUACCUACUGCAGCAGAUAGGCCCCAACUCCUUUCUGAUUGGAGGAGACAGCCCCGACAACAAAUACAGGGUGUUCAUUGGUCCACAGACCUGUAGCUGUGGCCGAGGGGCGUUCUGUAUCCACGUCCUCUUCGUCAUGCUCCGUGUCUUCCAGCUGGAGCCCUCAGACCCCCUGCUCUGGAGGAAAACCCUCAAAAACUUUGAGGUGGAGAGCUUGUUCCAGAAGUACCACAAUCGCCGCAGCUCGCGCAUCAAGGCGCCGUCGCGCAACACCAUUCAGAAGUUUGUGUCGCGCAUGUCCAACCCCCACACGUCCUGUCCGUCCAGCAACUCUGGCGCCUCGAGCAACGACAGCAGUAGUCUGAAGGAUGAAGAGGAGCAGAUGUGUCCUAUUUGUCUGUUGGACAUGCUGGAUGAGGAGAGUCUGACUGUGUGUGAGGAAGGCUGCAGGAACAAGCUGCACCACCACUGCAUGUCUAUCUGGGCUGAGGAAUGCCGGCGGAACCACGAGACGCUCAUCUGCCCCCUCUGUAGAGCCAAGUGGAAGUCCCAUGAUUUUUACAGCCAUGACCCCUCAUCUGUUUCCAUGGAGAAUGCGGCGGCGUCAUCAUCCCACAGCGAAGGGGGUUCCAGAGGGGGAUCAUCGUCCCAGGAGGGGGACUUCACCCUGCCACAAUACGGGGUCCAGCAAAUCCCCCAGACCUACAAAGAACUGGCCGAGCCCUGGAUAAAGGUGUUUGGCAUGGAGGUGGUGGGCUGUCUGUUCUCCAGGAACUGGAACAUCAGGGAGAUGGCCCUGCGGCGGCUGUCACAUGACGUCAGCGGCGCGCUCCUCCUGGCCAAUGGUGAACGCUCCUGGCCGGGGGCGGGACUAGGGGCCGGGGCGGGCUGCUCUGAGGUGUCAGGUGACGUGGUGGUGGAGUCGUGCUGCAGCGUCCUCUCCAUGGUGUGUGCUGACCCUGUCUACAAGGUCUACGUGGCUGCACUGAAAACCUUGCGGGCCAUGCUGGUGUACACGCCCUGCCACUCCGUGUCUGAACGCUCACGCCUGCAGCAGCUGCUCCGGCCUGUGGUGGAGACCAUCCUGGUCAAAUGUGCCGACGCCAACAGUCGUACCAGCCAGCUGUCGGUGUCCACACUACUGGAGCUGUGUAAAGGUCAGCUGGGAGAGCUGGCUGUGGGUAGAGAGAUCCUCAAAGCAGGGUCCAUCGGUAUUGGCGGGGUGGACUAUGUCCUGAACUGCAUCCUGGGGCCCCAGACGGAGGCCAAUAACUGGCAGGCCCUGCUGGGCCGUCUGUGUCUGAUUGACAGGCUCCUGCUGGAGUUCCCUGCUGAGUUUUACCCCCACAUCGUCUCCGGAGGGGACUGGCACCAGUCUCAGACCCUGGGGGAUAGGUAUCAGAAGCUGCUCCCCCUACUGAGCUUCUCGCUGCAGUCCAUCGACAACUCCCACUCUAUGGUGGGCAAGCUGUCUCGCCGCGUGUUCCUGAGCGCCGCGCGCAUGGUGGCCCGCGUGCCGCACGUCUUCGUGAAGCUCCUGGACAUGCUGAGCGUCACCAGCUCCACGCACUACGCCCGCAUGCGCCGCCGCCUGCUCGCCAUCGCCGAGGAGAUGGACAUCCUGGACGCCAUCAACCUGGGCCUGGAGAGCAUGGAGCACAGCGCCAGCGAGGCGCACCAACGGGCCAGCGCCGCCUUCCUUGAGCCCUCCGCGCCUCAGAACUCGCCCAACGUAACCGAGAGCAACACCCCGACGCAUACGGUCCAGAUGACCAGCGGGAAGGGAGGGAGAGGUUUCUCCGGCAACGUGGGAGCGAGUCCUGAGGAUAUAAGUGAGAGGUUAGCGGCCAUCUCAACUAGCGCUGGGCGUCCCAAUAUGGCCACUUCCACGUGCGGUGGGGCCCUGGCCGAGCACCCAAAGCCCCCCGUUCAGGCGCGUAACCGCCCCCUCAGCCAGUGCCUGAACUCUACGCCUUCCAGCCAAACCCCCAGCCUCCCCUCGCCCUCCGCCUCCCACCCUCCCCCCUCCUUCCCAGGCCCUGACAGCAGUACCAAACCCCGGCCCCAGAGCUUCGUCCCCAGCAAGCUAGCGUCAACUGCCCCCUCCUCUGCUUCCUCCUGCUCUCCAGGCACCCAGCGCAGGUUUCCCCAGCAGAAGCCCUUCAGCAACAAGGACCCAGAGAAGCAGCUCCCCUCCCCCUGUUUCACCCAGGCCCGACCCCUCCCCUCCAGCCAGAUCCACAGACCAAAGCCCUCCCGACCCACCCCCUCCGAGGGAGCCAAGACCCUCUGCACCUCGCCCACUCCAAGAGCCUCCAAGAUGGGCAUGAAGCUGGACCUCCAGGGGGAAUCGCCCAGCCUCUCCACCAGCGCCUCUAGAGGUGAAGGCCCCUCCACAGGGGGCCACAUGGGGGGUACCACCACCCUCAUCAGCAGCGAGGACAGCUGCUUCACCCCUGUGGAAGAGAAGUUCCGUGGACUGGCCGCCUCUGCUGAGCUCAACUCCUCCAUGGAAGACCUCCUGGAAGCAUCUUUGCCCGUUGCUGGUGACACCACCGUCACGUUCCAGUCGGAGGUGGCCGUGCUGUCGCCGGAGCGGGCUGGGGACGGGCCGGGAGGAGGGGGAGAGGUGGGGAUGUACAGCGAGGACGUGACGCAGCACCAGAAGUGCAAGGAGAAGAUGGAGGCGGAGGAGGAGGCAGCGCUGGCCGUAGUUAUGGCCAUGUCAGAGUCGCAGGAUGCGCUGCCCGUCAUCCCCCAGCUGCAGGUGGAUAAAGACCAGGACAUCAUCAUCAUCCAGGCAGAUACUCCAGAGACACUGCCUGGCCAUACCAAAGCCAAGCAGCCCUACAGGGAGGGCCAGGAGUGGCUGAAGGGCCAGCAGAUUGGCCUGGGGGCCUUCUCCUCCUGCUACCAGGCCCAGGACGUGGGCACUGGCACCCUGAUGGCUGUCAAACAGGUGACCUACGUCAGGAACACAUCGUCGGAGCAAGAGGAGGUGGUGACUGCUCUGAGGGAGGAGAUCCGGAUGAUGGCCCACCUCAACCACCCCAACAUCAUCCGUAUGCUGGGGGCCACCUGCGAGAAGAGCAACUACAACCUGAUGGUGGAGUGGAUGGCAGGUGGCAGUGUGUCCCAUCUCCUGAACAAGUAUGGAGCCUUCAAGGAGGCUGUGAUCAUCAACUACACGGAGCAGCUGCUCCGAGGCCUGGCCUACCUCCACGAGAACCAGAUCAUCCACAGAGACAUCAAAGGUGCCAACCUGCUGAUUGACAGCACAGGUCAGAGACUGAGGAUAGCUGACUUCGGUGCUGCAGCCAGACUGGCCUCCAAGGGCACUGGAGCAGGGGAGUUCCAGGGCCAACUCCUGGGAACCAUCGCCUUCAUGGCCCCAGAGGUGCUGCGUGGACAGCAGUACGGCCGGAGCUGUGAUGUUUGGAGUGUGGGCUGUGCCAUCAUCGAGAUGUCGUGUGCCAAGCCCCCCUGGAACGCAGAGAAACACUCCAACCACCUCGCUCUCAUAUUCAAGAUUGCGAGUGCCACCACGGCGCCCUCCAUCCCUCCCCAACUGACCCCUGGCCUGAGGGACGUCACCCUGCGCUGCCUUGAGCUGCAGCCUGCCGACCGGCCCCCAUCCAGGGAACUCCUCAAGCACCCGGUCUUCCGCCUCAACUGGUAGUCCCCAACAUCCUCCCCCAGUCCCCAACAUCCUCCCCCAGUCCCCAACAUCCUCCCCAGUCCCCAACAUCCUCCCCCCAGUCCCCAACAUCCUCCCCCAGUCCCCAACAUCCUCCCCCAGUCCCCUAGCCUCCCCCCCAGUCCAACAUCCUCCCCCAGUCCCCUAGCCUCCCCCGGUCCCCAACAUCCUCCCCCAGUCCCCUAGCCUCCCUAUCCCAUAGUGUCUACUACUGAAGGCCCAGCCAGCCUGCCUGCUUUUCUCUCCUCCUCCCACCGCUGACAAUCAGACCAGCCUCCAUAACACAAGACCAGCCUCCCUAACCCCAGAUCGCCCUUUAUCCACCCCAGACCAGCCUCCCUAACCCCAGAUCGCCCUUUAUCCACCCCAGACCAGCCUCCCUAACCCCAGAUCGCCCUUUAUCCACCCCAGACCAGCCUCCCUAACCCCAGAUCGCCCUUUAUCCACCCCAGACCAGCCUCCCUAACCCCAGAUCGCCCUCCAUCCACACCAAACUGCCCCCAGUCAUGAGUGGAGGGCCUGGGAUGGAUGGGAUACCUGGGUAAUACCCUCCCGUUCUACUACUAUGGCCUCAAACUGCUGUACCUUAGCACAAAAUGCAAAAAGCGAGUUGCAAAAGUUCUACUACGAAAACGGUGCUUUUUUAGUUAGUGCCAUGUUGGUAUACUGUAGUCUGUAUUGCUCUGUUUUAUCAAGCCUCUGUUCUGGUAAAGAAAUGGUUCCUUCAGCACUUUGGUAGCCAUUUUGCAAUGGUUUCGAGAAGUUCUUCUUCCCAUUUUAACCCCCCGUGAGUCAACAAAUAAGUCCUUAGAACCGCAAUCUGGAGACGACGGAGUAAAAUGGUUUUUAACACUGUUAUGUUGUAACGUCGGGUCAUAAGUUUCCGACUCGGUUUUUGUUUUUAGAGUAUCCUAUGUGUAGAAGAAAGGCAUAAUGAAGCAGUUUUAAUCGGUUGAAUUUGUGCAUAACUGCAUUUCUAUAAAGAUGCCUUUAAGAUGUGCAUUUUACUGUUGGGCCAUAAAGCUUAGUCGAAUAAUCAUGAAGAUUACUUAAGUAUUUCAGGGAGCGGUGAUAUAUCUAACAGAAACAUGGCUAGUUUGGCUAGCAAAACGCUGAAUGUGAACGCUUAUGAUGCCCGUAUUGUCUCAAAUGUUAUUUUGUUCUUUGAUUUCUUUCUUUUUUUUGAGAUAGAAAGAUCCCAUGUAUGAAGUUAUGAUUUUAUAUAUAUAUAUAUAUACAAUAACACCCCAAAAAGCUAUAGCUAUCUUUUUUUGGUGUUAUUGUAUAUUCAAAGCUAUCCUUAAGAGAUUGAGACGUUUAUUGUGUAUGGGCGUAAGUUUUCCGAACAACAUUUUGAUGUCGUGCCACACUGUUAAAAUGAAAACACCCUGUUGGUCUCUUAACUCUCGCUGUUACAAUUGAGCCAUGUGCAUCGCACAUAUUUUAGCCUUUUUUAAUCAUUUUAUGAGCCCUAAAUGCUGUGUCCAUACAUUCAAAACCGCUAUAUUCAAUAUUGAUCUACCAUUCUUCUGGUGCUGUUCCUUUGUAGAAUGUCACGCUACAAUUCAACACAUUUUUUUAUUUUUUAUCUUGGCUCUAUUUUUAAAACAAAUUGUUAUAAAAUCCAUGUACAUCUGAGGUUUUCUAUGACUCUUCUAUUUUCCAUUGUGGAUACUCUAUAUAAUGAAUAUAAAUGCUGUACAAUGUUUUUUAUUUUUGGUGGAGGGAUAUUUCUGAUUUAAGACUGACUUUUCUGCUUGAAAAUGUUUUACCAUCUCUUUUUGAUUAGAAUUCUCAAGCAUGUUCCUAAAUGGUGUUAAUUUAUGAACUAUAACUCUUCAAGUGUUGUUGUUCUGGUUGUAAUCCAUUAAGAAAGUAAAAGGAUGAUAAUUAAGAUGUAGAAUGUUUCCAAAUUCAACCUUUUUUAAAAUGGGAAUAUGCAUUUAAUUGCUAUUUUUAUUUGGAAUCCCUUAAUGGCAAGGGCUUGAGACAAUUUCAAAAAUUCAUUUUUUAAGCAGAAAAUGUAAUCUAUUUAAAACAAAUCCUAUUCUUUACGUGGAGUACAAGCUGAUCAAGCUUGAAGAGUUAAAUGUAAAUACAUGUGAAGUUUGGUAGCUAAAAUGAUUGUACUUGACUGUAUUUUUAUACCACACUCUUUUCCAUUUUAUUUUUUUGUUCCUGCUUCGGGUUAUUUUUCUUAUGCCUUUUUAAAAGCUUUAAAGUUAUGCACUCUGGUCUUUUUUAUAUACUGGAAGAAAAAUCUGUUUCUGUCAUUCAUAAAAGCUAAUCAGUAUUACUUCAAUUUGUCAUGUCUAUAAUUCUUACCAAUCUCUUAAUGCCUUCUGAAUCCUCUUGUCCAACCUGUCUCAGCCAGCUUGCUGGUCUUGAUCUAUUUUGUCUUAUUUUAUGCUGAUGUGAUGUAAUCUUAUGUGCUUUUUUUUGGAUCUAAGCUGGACUGAAAUUUGUGUGAAAUUGUUUCCAGUUUCCUGUGUCACUUGGUGGUACUUUUUUAUUUGUAAAGAACAUCUUGCUGUUUUAUUCCAGUCUCUACUACCUCAGGUGUCCUAUAGAGUCUCUUCUACCAAAGUUCACUUUCUCAAUAUAUAUAUAUAUAUAAUCUUUUUUUUUUUUUUACUUCGUUUUUUUCAAAGAUUUUCAGGGCUUAAGGGCUAACUUAUAUUAGCACCUUUACUGUGCAAAUAAACUCAUGAAAUCUCUGGAUUAAGAAAAAAAAUGGCUUAAGCUGUAUCCUGUAAGUUAAAAUGUAUCAAGAUAUUUUAAUUAUUACAAUUUUUACCCCAUUCUAAGCAUUUUAUUGCAUAAAUUGGAACUUAUUUUGGUGUUUGUCUUUAUGGUAAAUAAACAAAAAAUUGGGAAAAAGGUU